AUGUCCCACCCGCUGCACGAUGCGAUCGAGCCUUUCGCAUCGGACACUCUGAGAGAAGCUCUCCACCCUGACGACUGGGUAGGGCCGGUUUCGGAAGACAUUAACAAUUUCCCGACCCCAGAUUCUCCUCAUGGACCUGUUCUCCACAUCCACGACACAUUCCCCGCCGAUCACCGAAGUGCCACUGAAGGUUAUGACGAUACUUGA